AUGGCAUCAGGCACACGGACAUACCCGCUCCGGCAACCGGCAAAGCACAACCCACCACCACGACUUCACCUCGUCUUCCCAGAGACACAGAAGCAAGUCUUCACAGCUUACAUCGGGAUUCAACUACACAAUCAACCGACCACAGAUACCAAAACCAUCUCCUGUCUCCUCUCAGAGCCCCAAUCAAAGAUUCAAGCAUGGCUUACAGAGUCCACGCCGGUCUCAACAGAGCAGUUCUUCGUCCUUGACGACACGCCGAACCAUGUGACAUCCAUUCCAAACAAAUCUCAAAGCCCAAAUUCAACCUCCAACUCUAAGAAGAAGUACACCACCCUAAUAUGGGCCUGUUACUGGUCAACCGAAGACUCCUACAAAAAAGCCCUCGCAGACCUGAAUCUUUCCUCGCUGCAUACCUCCCUCUCCGAAUCCCUGCGCCGAUCAAUCGGAUUGUGGGCUGAAUCUUUCGUCUCGGAUAUUGCGCGCCUGGAAACAGUCUACUCGGCAACGGAUUAUAUGCCCGGUCUCGCGCGGUUGCCGGGGACCUCUACGGCAAAACAUGUACAUACGGGGUACUGGGGCGCGGCGCGGGAUCGGAUCCCUGGGUCUGGGGUGGAUCUUUUUACGGGGGAUGGGGCAGGAUAUGAUGGAAAUCGAGAUUCUGCAGCAGCCGAUGGAGAAAAAGUGAAUAUCCAAUCUUCUCUGGGUUCAUCUAUAGCAGGCACAAACCCCUCGGACAUGGUUCAUAUCCGCUCCGGCCAAUUCUGGGGGAAUUGCAACGAGGAAGAAGCAAGUGCUUAUCUGGAUCAUCUGGAACCAAAGCUACGUGGUGGAUUAUUGUAUUUAUGGAACUCCCCUGAAGAGAGCGGGUCUCUUGGGGUGCGAUAUCUGCGCAAUACUGAUGCAUCUUUCGACCUGAGUUCUGGUCUCGGAGAGACAGAUGCAGAUAUCGGCCCAGAUUCAUUCGCCAAGUUCCUGGAUACAUUCAUGGUCGACGAUUCGGGGACGCUCGAAGAUUUAGAACAUGGCAUGAGGUUUCCGUAA